CCUUCUGAUUUUGGUUAAGUUUUUUUUUUUUUUUUUUUUGGCUUUUGUUCACGAUUCCUCUAUAGGGAUACCAUUGCGAUUUGCGUGACUCUGUACCAAAUCAUCAGAUUCGAAUCCAUCAAAUUCGUUUGAAUCUCUACGUUUCUGUUUGAUUUUGCUUCUGAGAAGAGACCAGAUCCGAAGCUUCUCUGAGGACGAAGAACAAUGUCGGUGAGGCAUGGGCAAUCGUCGUAUCGAGAUCGGACGGCCGAGUUUUUCAAAAUUGUGGAGAGCGGGAGGGGAUCGAUUGCUCCGGCGGCGAAUAAUGCACCGUACGGUGGUAAUAAUUGGAACGAUGGUGUGAGAAGAGAGGAUCUGAAUAAACGAUCUGAGUUCAACAAGAGAGCUGGUCAGAUUGGUAUAGCUAUUCAUCAAACGUCGCAGAAACUGGCGAAGCUUGCGAAACUUGCAAAGAAGACAUCAGUAUUUGAUGAUCCGACUCGGGAGAUACAAGAGCUUACAGUAGUCGUCAAGCAAGAGAUCUCUGCUCUAAAUACUGCUCUGGUCGACCUUCAAGUGUUCCAGAGCUCUCAGAAUGAUGAAGGGAACAGCUCUAGAGAUAGGGACAAAGCUAACUUCUCAGCAACUGUUGUUGACGAUUUAAAGAAUCGUCUGAUGGAUACUACCAAAGAGUUUAAGGAUGUUCUUACCAUGAGAACCGAGAACAUGAAGAUCCAUGAAAAUCGAAGGCAACUCUUCUCUUCAAACGCUUCCAAAGAAUCAACAAACCCAUUCGUUCGCCAGCGCCCUUUGGCUGCUAAGGCUGCUGCUAGUGAAUCUGCUCCUCUUCCAUGGGCAAAUGGGGCUUCUUCAUCGUCAUCUCAGUUAGUCCCAUGGAAGCAGGGAGAGGCCGAAUCUUCACCAUUGUUGCAGCAGAGUCAACAACAACAACAACAGCAGCAGCAACAGAUGGUCCCAUUGCAGGACACAUAUAUGCAGAGCCGAGCUGAAGCUCUACACAACGUCGAAUCAACAAUCCACGAGCUAGGCAGUAUCUUUACACAACUAGCAACCAUGGUUUCUCAGCAAGGGGAGAUUGCUAUCAGGAUCGAUCAAAACAUGGAAGAUACAUUAGCGAAUGUGGAAGGAGCACAGAGCCAACUGGCCAGGUAUCUCAACAGCAUAUCGUCAAACCGAUGGCUGAUGAUGAAAAUUUUCUUCGUACUCAUUGCAUUUCUCAUGAUUUUCCUCUUCUUCGUGGCGUAAAAAAAUUGAUUUUGAAAGAGUUUCAACAUGGUUCUUUUUUUUUCUGUCGUAUCCUAUUGACAUGUAAAGACUAUAAGAGAAAAAAGGGAUCUUAUGCUCUGUUCAGAUUAAUGGAGAUAAAAUAUAAUGUCACGUCCAUGUAAAAUUUCUUUUUAAGUUCUACAAACAAUUUUAUUUGUGAUUCUGCUUCUCUUUUCACUA